AUGAAUGGGGCUUCUUCUCUAUGUGAUCGAUUUGUUCGGGAAUUCGAUAUGCGAGAAGGUGAACUUUCACAAAUAGCCUAUACUGGUAGAAGCUUUCGUGGUGUUACAAUGGAGGAAGAUGAAUUACAAAAAUAUAAAAAUGCAUGUAAAGGGGAAAAAGGCUGUAUAAUUGCUACAAAAACAUUCCAGUCAACAUCUAGAUCGCGUGAUCAAGCAUUAGUAUUUGCAACAACACAUAUUAAUGGCAAAGGUAUUAUAUUUGUAUUUGAUAUACCUCAAGAAUGUUCAACAGUAUUUGACCACCCUCACCCUCACCCUCACCCUCACCCUCAUCCAAUUUUGUCGUGA